AUGUCCGACACUUGCAUUGUCUGUUUAGGAGACCUUGGCGAAAGCGCCAGUGAUCCCGCCGAACCCGUGCCAAGACCUAGUAAUCUCCACGAUGCUACAAAGGUCAAGGAGGGUGUCGAUGAGGAUCCGGGUCAAAUCGCCCAGUUAUUGCCGUGUGGUCAUAUUCUGCACAAUAACUGCCUAAAGCCAUGGGUCGAGCGAGCGAACAGUUGCCCAAUAUGUCGUCGCAGCUUCAACAUGGUCGAGCUGAGCGACCGACCUGGAGGUGUAGUAACAUCAUCAUACGCCGUCCAAGAUCGGGUGCAAGUCGCUGAAGUGGAUCCGGGCAUGAUGAUGGAGUACAUUGAUGAUGAUUUCGCCGACUCUCAACCAUGUACAAUAUGCGGGGAAGCGGACAACGAGGACGUCUUACUUCUUUGUGAUGGAUGCGAUGCCCCCUCCCAUACAUACUGUUUGGGAUUGGAUGAAAUCCCCUCUGGGUCAUGGUACUGCUCCACAUGCGAGUCCCAAAGGGCGCUUGGACCGGCUCCUGAAGGGCCUAGUCGCCCCGCUCGUACAAACGAGACAGAGACACGACGAACCCGAGGUCAACGGCGAAGACUCCAGAGCCAUAACCAGGUCAACUCCUUGCACUGGGCCCGGGUAUGGCAGUCUGUUUGGGACCAUCUAAAUCUUGAUCUAGACUUCCCAUUUGACGAUGGUCGCUCUGCCCAGCGAGUGAUGCAACAGCGUCGUCGGGAAGAGGCCAAUCAGCGUGAGUUCCGAUCAUGGCAACGCCGGUUCGAGAUUGCUGAGCGACAGGGAGGAGGCAGUCGGUUCCGGGAUUCAGCUUCGCUCUUUGAUAUCGAACCUGAAAGACAAUCUCGACCUAGAGUUCCCAGAGCACCAACACCGGAGCCCGAGACAUUGGAGGAAAUGCGGGCUUGGAACGCAUUUGAAAGGGCUCGCGAAAUUGAGAACAACCCCAACGCUGCACGUAAGCGCAAAGAGCCGACCUUGUCCCCAUCCCCUGAGCCCUCAGAGCCACGCCGGAAAUUAAAACGCCCGCGCACAAGACGACCGCAAGAUCUCGCUGCCAUGGCUCAUCAAAACGGAGAAUCUUCGAGAGCUGCGGGGUCGAGCGCAAGAACGAACGGUGAAACUUUUGGUGGGCCGAGCUUCUUGUCCUCUCUUUUGAAGGAAGUGGAGGAUGCAUCUCCUCCAAGCCACUCUACCUCUCUUGGUCCCUCUGCUACUGCGUCUAUUGCCCCCGUCGAUCAUGUUACUUCUGGUCCAUCAUCUCCAUCCAUCUCCCCCGCUUCUUCGAGCCAUCCGUCUCCUCGGCUGGCAUCCAGCACGCCCCCUCCUUUCUCCCGCAACCGACCUGUCUCCCCACUUCAGCUCUCCUCCCCAGCUGAACCCUUCUCUCCUCCAUUCUCGCCCGAAAUUUCUUUCUCCGGGACGCCUGAUGCCUCCCCUACUUCCGAUGAUGCCGAGCCGCGGCGUGAAGCGGCGCGUCCACGAUCCCGCAUUCCUCGGCGAGCCCUCGAGCUAGCUCAAUCUCGAUCCUCACCAGAAACCUCACCCAGCCGGAGUGGUCCUUCACUCACCGUCAAGUCUGCCAUUCAGAAAAUGGUCGGGACCUCUUUGAAGCCUCACUACCGCGCCAAGAUGGUGACUAAAGAACAAUAUACGGAGAUCAACCGCACGAUUUGCAGAAAGCUAUACGAGCGGGUUGGAUCUGUUGAAACACUGAAUCUUCAGCUCCGUCUCGAAUUGGAGCAACUCGCGAAACGCGAAGUGCAGAGAAGUGUAGACUCUCUGCCCAGCAACAAGAGGAAAGAUAAACAGCCCAUGGUGACAUCUGAAAGCGACGGCGAUAUUCAAUGA